CACUGCAGCAUCGGCCCGCCCACCGCAGCAUCGGCCCCGCCCACUGAAGCCUGGUCCCUCCGCCCCCGCCCACCGCGCGCCCGGGCCCCGCGGAAUUGGGCGCCGCAGACGCGUUUCCGGAGGAGGGCAUUCGGUGUCGGACCUCCGGCCCUACGUAAUCUCCGGCGGCGACGGCGGCGCAUGGCGGCCCUAGGACAGCCGGCUCGGGAGGAGUCAGCGGCCGAAAGCCCACGCACCGCCUGCGCGCCCCGCAGCCCCCGGCCGCCUGGGUCGCUCCCCGACGCCCCGCGUCCUUCCGCCGUCAGGUCCCAGCCGGCCGGCCUCCGCCUAGGGCGCUCCGCCCGCAGCGACGCCGCCCCCGGGGCGCACCCCGAACGCCGUGGAGGCGCCGCAGCCUCCCAGAAGCAGACGAAGAAGAAGAGUCGGAAUGGGGCGUCGGUGGCGAACGGAGGCGGGCAGGUCUCUGAGGAGCCGGUCUCCGAGGAGGCGCCCGUCAGCGCCGAGGCUCAGGCGGAGCAGCUGGCCCGGGAGCUGGCGUGGUGCGUGGACCAGCUGGAGUUGGGCCUCAAGAUGCAGAGACCGAGCCCGAGGCAGAAGGAGCAGGCCGCUGGGGCCCUCCGGACCCUGCGCAGCGAAAGAACCCCCCUGCCCCGGAAGAGGCAGCUGAUGCGCUCCUUGUUUGGGGACUACAGGGCUCAGAUGGAAGCCGAGCGGCGAGAGGCCCUUCGGGUUCUCAGAACCGCAGCCCGUGCAGCGCAGGUGCAGCCUGUUGGUGAGGCCGCCAGAAAGAAGAACGGAAGGGUCUGCAGGCCUCGCCAGGCAGGGGUAGCCAAGGCCACCCUGGACACGCCUGAUGAAGAGUUUAGGUUCAAUUUUUUUUAGCCGGUCUUCCAUCCCAGAACAGUUCCCCUGCCCACGUAGUGUGGGGCUUGUCUGGAGUACAGAGCCUUUCCAGGAAUGCUCUGUCGGUCGUGGGGUUGGUCUGUCCAUGGCUGGUCAGUGGGAUCUGGUGCCCUGGCUGUGGGACAGAGGUGAGGCCAGCCUGUGGGGUACUGUCCGGUAAGCACAACAGCCAUUUGUAGGUUUUCAGAGGAAAUGUCCUUCCUGCCAGAGGAAGGAGGUCCGUUUAGAAAAGCUUC